AUGCUGUCCUCUCCACUACCCACUUCUGUAGAGCAGGGAGGGAAGUACACAGAGUGGUGAUGGAGACUGAUGGAGAACUACACAGGGUGGAGACUGAUGGAGAACUACACAGAGUGGUGACUGAUGGAGAACUACACAGAGAUGUGACUGAUGGAGAAUUACACAGGGGGGUGGAGAAUGGAGAACUACACAGAGUGGUGUUGAAGACUGAUGGAGAACUACACUGAGUAGUGGUGGAGACUGAUGGAGGACUACACAGAGUAGUGGUGGAGACUGAUGGAGGACUACACAGAGUAGUGGUGGAGACUGAUGGAGGACUACACAGAGUAGUGGUGGAGACUGAUGGAGGACUACACAGGGUGGAGACUGAUGGAGAACUACACAGGGUGGAGACUGAUGGAGAACUACACAGGGUGGAGACUGACGGAGAACUACACAGGGUGGAGACUGAUGGAGAACUACACAGGGUGGAGACUGAUGAAGAACUACACAGGGUGGAGACUGACGGAGAACUACACAGAGAUGUGACUGAUGGAGAACUACACAGUGGUGACUGAUGGAGAAUUACACAGGGGGGUGGAGACUGGAGAACUACACAGAGUGGUGUUGAAGACGGAUGGAGAACUACACUGAGUAGUGGUGGAGACUGAUGGAGGACUACACAGAGUGGAGACUGAUGGAGAACUGCACAGGGUGGAGACUGAUGGAGAACUUCACAGAGUGGUGACUGAUGGAGAACUACACAGUGUGGAGACUGAUGGAGAACUACACAGUGGUGGUGGAGACUGAUGGAGAACUACACAGAGUGGAGACUGAUGGAGAACUACACAGGGUGGAGACUGAUGGAGAACUACACAAUGGUGGUAGAGACUGAUGGAGAUCUUCACAGGGUGGAGAACUACACAGGGUGGGGGCUGAUGGAGAAAACCUGUAUGAAGAUAUGAAGACGUCAGAGGUAGGGAACAAAGAGCCAGGAUGUAAUGAGUCCCAGGUGGGGAAUAGAAACCUGACAGGAAAAUAUUAUCUUACCGGCGUAGCGAGUCAGGAACAUGAGAGAUGCUGAAAGGACUGAGAAUCUACAAAACGGCAGAAUAAAUAAAACCCAAGCCUCUGAGGAUACAGAGACCAUACCUUAUCUGACCAUUGGCGCUGACUCGGCCAAAUGUAACCCAGACCACCACAAAGGUCAAAGGUCACAGAAGGCCAUGGUGAGGGUCUCCACAUGGCUCCCCACCUUGGUUCAGUGGCAGGCCCACAACAUCACACAGUGGGGGCUCAGUCUCUUCCCUGACCCUAACCUUGACCCUGUCCAAGAGGUCAAAGAUGAAAGAGCGAACCAAUCAGACGACCCCGACCCUGACCAAGAGAUCGAAGUCGAAGCAGACAACCAAUCACCUGAUCCUGACUGA